AUGUCCGAUCCGGCCAGUGCUACUGAAGCCUCUGGUUCCGCCAGCAGAUGGGUCGCAGUCGCGGAGCAUCCUUUCCCGCCUGAGCCCCCGACCUUGCCUGCCUGUGCAGUGAUUGCCCUCGAGGCCCCUGCGCCUGGGCCGCUGACUGUGCUUUCGGAUAAAGGGGGGAGUUUAGGGAAUGCUUCUGUUGGGGGGAGUUUAGGGACUGCUUCUGUUCUUUCCGACAAUGUCUCAGUGUCCGAUGGCGACUUCAACGUCGCCGAAGAUGCAGGUGUUGGCCCACUGGGGGCUUGCUCUCCUGACCCUGAAGAUGACACCCGUCAUCCUGAUUCUGAGGGUUGUGCAGGUUUACCUCUCGAGUCCCGCGUUGACACCAGCUUCAUUGAUCAGAUUGUUUGCCAACAGGUUGUUGCAUCCCGAAAUUUGACGCAAAUCCGUCUGCCGUGGGAGCAAGGUCCUAUGAAGUGCAUUUUCAGUGAUGAUGCCGACUUUGCUGUGCAAUCCCCAUCCUUGGAGCCCUUGUUACCGCCAGAGGUGAGCACGCCUGAUCGGCUGGUCGAGUGCUUGGAGCAUGUGACCGACUUGAAGUCAUUCUUUCAAACCACGAUUUCUAAUGUUGCUGACUGCGAUAUUAAUGAGACCCUUGGAAGUUUGCUUCACAUUGCAAUCAAUAAGUUGUGUGUCGUCGUGGAACGGUGCACAGGACAGCCGCCCGACCCUGAGGACAUUGAGGCCAGGACGGGGCUCCGCAGCCCCUACACGUUGAUCAAGAGGGCCAAUUCCCUCCUCGCCUAUCUUCGUUGGGUCGAUGGUCAGCCCCUUGCAAAUCUGUCCUUCUCGGGUGUGUUCCAAGAGACUCUUGUUUGGGAACAUUUUCAGUACUUGAAGAAAGAAAACAAGCCUCCGACCAGCGGUUCGACGUUGCUUUCUGCCAUGCGGUUCUUGCACUACGUCCUUGAGGUGGAUGUGCAGGUAUGCAUUUCUAGCCGGCGCAUCGUCGGUGCCAGUCAGCAGUUGGCUGCUAAGACCCGUUGGCUCAAGCAGGCUCGUGCAUUAACAGUUGAUCAGGUUCGCAAAUUGCAUGAACUUCUCGAAGGCAGUGACGACCCCCUGUUGCGUUGCUUCGCUGCAUAUGCCUUGAUCGCCGUCUAUGGACGAUGUCGGCACUCUGACCUGCAGUGCAUCUGGGACCUGGAGUGCGAUUUCGAUGGUGUUUCGGGCUUUCUGCAGAUUCGAACAGGUCGUCACAAGACCUCGACCACCGCCAAGAAGAAAGCGCAGUUUUUGCAUAUCUUGGUCCCUGCACAGGGAGUGGUCUCUCGUCCCUGGCUGCCUCUUGCAAUCCAGGCGUUUGAAGCUGUUAACCUGUGUUUAAUUGGCAAGAUUGACGGGCCCAUUUUCCGCCCACCCCUUGAUGCUGAGUGCUCUGCCCUCUGUGCUCGCCCCGUGUCCUCGCAAGAAGUGUCCAGGAUGCUUCGUCAAGCCCUCGAUUUGCCUGAGGACUCCGGCGUGUCCUCCCAUUCCCUCAAGGUCACUGGCCUGUCCUGGGCAUCCAAGGCUGGCGCGCGCGCUGGCAUGGACCGUGAUACUUGUGCUGUCUUGGGUCGGCAUGCUCGCAAUCAACUCACGACUGAGGUUGUGUACAGCCGUGACCUCAGCGCGGCCCCGUCGUUGGCCUUUUCUCGCUUGUUGCAUCAGGUGGCUCUUGGGGUGUUCAUGCCAGAUGCUCCUUUGCGCGCUUUCUGGAGCGAGUCCUGUGAAGCCUCUCCUGGCCUAGCACCAAUUUUGCCUGUGGUGCGACCCUCCGGAGCCAUCAAAGUUGAAGAUUCCGCCUCCGAAGCCGCGGAGUCUGCGCAUGAGAGCAGCGAGGAUUCCUCCGCUUCUGAGGCCUCCCGAAGCAGCAGCUCGGACAGUGGGACCCCUUCCUCAAGCCCUCCCCUCAGCAAAAAGGCCCGCCGCUUUCUGCCUGAGACACGGGAUGAGUCCGACGUCUGGGUGAUCCACCGUCGUUCCCGCAAGUUGCACUUGGUCCGCGGCCAAAGAAAUCUUGAUGCGUGCCUUCAAGUUCUUGCAUGCGGACGUGUGCGCUCCGAUGCGUACAGAGUUGCCGAGGAUGCUGACCUGGAUGCGGUCGAGUGUCAAGGUUGCCGGCGAUGCAUUUGA